AUGGAACACCGCGUCGGCGCCGUCGUGACGAGGCUCUGUCUGACACACCUCUGGUCAGCCGGUUGGUGGUGGAACGUCGCAUCGACAUCGUCUAGACGAGGCUCCGCCUGGUACGCCGUUGAUCAGCCCGUGGGAUGGAUCUCCGAAUUGGCACCGUCGACACGCGCCCAUCUGGUGCACCGUAGGAGACCGCAGGCUUGCGGCAAUGCCGUAAGCCAUUGGCAAAUUCGAGUCGUUCUUCCACUGCCAAAAAAACUCGUGGCCUACAGUAGAGUUCGGCCGCGCCGGCACAUCAAGCAGCCCCUAUUCAGGGGUCAGGACACUGCUUCCUUCGGGGGGGGCUGGAAAAGCUGGCCUAAAAAUUGCUGGGGAACCACGUCGUCUGCUGGCGCACCGUGGUCGCAGACGCAAAACUCACGGUCGAAACAAUCAAACUCGAAACAACAACAACCAUACUCAUUCUCCUCAUCCUACCUCUUCUACCUCUACCUCCGUCUAUUCUUCUGCCUAUUCUUCUCCUUCGUCAUCUUCUUCUCCACCUCCUUCCCAUCGCCCCACUCGUUUUCCCCAGACUGACAGGGUGAGCCCGCUCACUCUGGCAGCCUGGAAUGUUCGUUCCCUUUUAGACAAUCCGAGGAGCAACCGACCGGAACGGAGGACGGCGCUAGUGGCACGAGAACUGGCGCGCUACAAGGUGGACAUCGCCGCACUCAGCGAGACCCGAUUCUCCGAACAAGGCCAACUGGAGGAGGUGGGUGCCGGUUAUACCUUCUUCUGGAGUGGCCGACCGAGGGCAGAGCGACGAGACGCCGGCGUCGCCUUCGCCAUUCGGAAUGACAUCGUGGGACGACUGCCCUGUUUGCCGCAGGGCAUCAACGAUCGCCUGAUGAGCCUCCGCCUGCCUCUCCGGGGAGGCAAAUUCGCCACCAUUAUCAGCGCCUACGCUCCGACGAUGACCAACCCCGACGCCGUCAGAGACAAAUUCUACGAGGACAUGUACGCCCUCUUGGCGACUGUGUCGAAGGCGGACAAGUUGAUUGUCCUUGGCGACUUCAACGCCCGCGUCGGCACAGACCAUACUGCCUGGAGAGGAGUGCUGGGUCCCCACGGUCUCCGCGGCUCAAACGACAAUGGUCUGCUGCUUCUCCGCACCUGCGCAGAACACCGCCUCAUGCUGACGAACACGUUCUUCUGUCUGCCGGAGCGAGAGAAGGCCACCUGGAGGCAUCCUCGGUCGCGUCAGUGGCACCUGCUGGACCAUGUCCUCGUCCGGAGGCGAGAUCAGCGGGACGUGCUGGUGACGAAGGCGAUCGCGGGUGCUGACGGGUGGACCGACCAUCUCCUCGUCAUUUCGAAGAUGCGUAUUCGCCUACAGCCUCGCAGGAGACCACAAGGUAAGCGACCCCCAGGUAAGCUGAAUGUUGCUUUGUUGUCUUUGUCUGCUCACCGUCUCCAUUUCAGCAAUGAGCUAGCUCAACGGCUAGACAACCUUCCUAUCGCUGCCGCCGCCGCCGCUGCCGAGAACGCCUCCGUGGAGAACCGCUAG